AUGGCGACUACUACACCCGCUACGGCGCCAACAAACGCCAUGGCCCAAGAGACUCGUCUCUCAGCUGAUGAAAAGACUGAAGUUGGCUCCAACAACAUCAUCGAUACAACUGCCGACAACAAAGACCCCCGGGAUGGCUCUGGCUCUCGCUCUGGUUCCGUCAAUGGAAACCCUGCUGAACAAGAACCUCAGUAUCCCGGCGCUGCAAAGCUCACACUUAUCAUCUCGUCUCUCUGCCUAGCCAUCUUCCUCGUUGCGCUAGACCAGACCAUCAUCGCGCCCGCUCUUGGUGCCAUCACAUCUCAGUUCCAGAGUGUCAAGGACAUUGGAUGGUAUGGCUCGUCCUACCUUCUUACCACCACGGCUUUGCAGCCCAUGUACGGAACUAUCUACAAGUAUUUUAAUGUCAAGUUUGCCUACCUUGGUGCUGUCUUUAUCUUUGAGAUUGGUAGCUUGAUCUCGGCUGUGGCGCCUUCUUCUGUUGCCUUUAUUGUUGGACGAGCUAUUGCCGGAAUUGGAACGGCUGGUCUCUUCUCCGGUUCUAUUGUUAUUCUCUCUCUUAUCAUGCCCCUUGAGAAGCGUCCUCUUGCCUUUGGUCUCAUUGGUGGUAUGUGGGGUAUUGCUUCCGUCGCCGGUCCUCUUCUUGGAGGUGCUUUCACCGAACAUGCUACUUGGCGUUGGUGUUUCUACAUCAACCUUCCCAUUGGUGGUAUCGCCAUGAUCAUCGUCUUCUUCUUUGUCCACGUCAACCGAAACACCUCCGACAGCGUCAACAUGACUUUUAUGGACCGUAUCCGCAAGCUCGACCUCGCUGGUGCCGCCAUCUUCAUCCCUGCCAUCGUCUGUCUUCUCCUCGCCUUGCAAUGGGGCGGUGCCGAUUAUGCUUGGAGCAACUCACGCAUCAUUGGUCUCUUCUGUGGUUUUGGUGCCAUGAUUGCCAUCUUUAUCGGCAUUCAAUUCUGGAAAGGCGACCAGGGCACUCUCCCCCCUCGUCUCUUCAAGAACCGAAACACCCUGGCUGCUAUGUCCUUUGCCAUGUUUUUCGGUGCCGGAUUCUUCCCUCUCAUCUACUACCUCUCCCUCUACUUCCAGGCUAUUCAGGGUGUUAGCGCCGUCCAAGCUGGAAUCAAGAUUCUCCCUCUUCUGCUCGCUACCGUCCUUUGCUCCAUUGUCUCGGGAGGUAUCAUCACCGCCAUUGGCACAUACAACUAUGUCAUCAUCCCAUGCAUGGUCCUAUACACUGUCGGCUGUGGCAUGCUCACCACUCUUGAUGUCAACUCCCCCCUCAAAGAGUGGUUCGGCUACCAGGUUCUUGCUGGACUUGGUAUUGGCGCCGGUUUCCAAAUAGGUGUUCUAAUCGUGCAGACUGUACUUCCUCAGGAAUGGGUUCCCGUUGGUACUGCUUGCGUGCAGUUUGCGCAAGCCUUUGGUGGUGCCAUCUUCAUCGCUGUCUCCCAGACGGUCUUCCAGAAUGGCCUCAUUGACACAAUCAAGGCUGACAACAUUGGCAUCGAUCCUACGAUUUUCCUCAACAGUGGAGCUUCCGAGAUUGAGGACACUUUGAGAAAGAUGGGCCGUCUGGAUGCUCUAGACACUGUUUUGGAAGCAUACAUGAAGGGUCUCCGAGACACCUUCUACAUUUCUCUUGCCUGUGCUGCUUGUGCCCUGAUUUCUUGUUUGUUCUUCCAAUGGAAGUCAGUCAAGAAGGGGCCCAAUGGCGAGGACAGAAAGCCCGAGCCCGCUGUGCCUGUCUAA